GUCGACCUCACGCGCACCUUCACCUUCCGCAACUCCAAGCAGACCUACACAGGAAUCCCCAUUAUAGUGGCAAACAUGGACACCGUGGGGACGUUUGAGAUGGCCGUGGUGAUGGCAAAACAUGCAAUGUUCACUGCAAUUCACAAGCAUUAUUCUCUGGAAGAAUGGAAACUGUUUGCUGCCAAUCACCCAGAAUGCCUUGAGCAUGUAGCAGCAAGCUCGGGCAGUGGAAAAGCUGAUUUGGACAAGCUGACAAGUAUUCUAGAGGCCAUUCCACCUAUCAGAUACAUCUGCCUGGAUGUGGCAAACGGCUAUUCAGAGCACUUCGUGGAGUUUGUGAAGUCUGUCCGUGCCCUGUUCCCACAUCACACCAUUAUGGCAGGGAAUGUGGUGACAGGAGAGAUGGUUGAAGAACUUAUUCUUUCUGGAGCAGACAUUAUUAAAGUGGGUAUUGGACCAGGUUCUGUGUGUACCACUCGGAUUAAGACAGGGGUGGGCUAUCCACAGCUCAGUGCUGUUAUUGAGUGCGCAGACUCAGCACAUGGCUUGAAAGGACACAUCAUCUCUGACGGAGGAUGCAGCUGCCCAGGAGAUGUCGCCAAAGCUUUUGGAGCCGGUGCUGAUUUUGUCAUGCUUGGAGGAAUGUUUGCAGGCCACGACCAGUGUGCUGGAGAGAUUAUGGAAAAGAAUGGCAAGAAGGUGAAACUCUUCUAUGGAAUGAGCUCUGAUACAGCCAUGAAGAAGCACGCAGGAGGAGUUGCUGAAUACAGGGCUUCAGAGGGCAGGACUGUGGAGGUGCCGUACAGAGGGGACGUGGAACUCACCAUCCUGGACAUCCUCGGGGGGCUGCGCUCCACCUGCACCUACGUGGGAGCUGCCAAACUCAAGGAACUGAGCAGGAGAACAACGUUUAUCCGGGUCACCCAGCAGCACAGCCAGGUCUUCUCUUAG